AAAUUUACAUGUCAGCGCCAGAAAUUUAAGGAGAAACUACCGAAACAAAAAUGCACGAAUCGAAAUACGAGACUAAUCGGGUCGCUGCAUGAACAUACAUUAACGCAGUAGCCUUAAUUACCUAUUUGAAAUGAAUAUAUUAAUUGACCUUCCAGUACAAGCGGGAAACAUUUCGCUUUCACUAAUGGGUUAUUGAGUUGUUUGUCUUGUAAAACUAACACAUCUUUUUCAUUCAUCAAUCAGUUGGUGUCCACUGUUCUUAUAUAUUAUUGUAGUCUAAAACUUUCUCUUUCUAAUAGAAAAAGAAGUGCAUACUGCACUUCAGAUCUGAGAAAUGAAGCACACAAAGACGGGAAAAAACUUUUGAAUAACCCUCUGAUACAGUAAAAUUAAUGCCACACAACAUUCGAGCUAUUUUGCCAAUUAGAGAUAAAAGCUGCGUAACUAAGGAGUACGUGAGGAGUUGAGCCCACAAAGAAAUUUGGUGAAGAAAACAAUCAUAUAUAUAGAGUGAAGUGACAAUAAAUGGUAGCUCAAAUAUCUGUUCAAUGGCAGUACAAUUUAUGGAUAACUUAGUCAAUAUAUCAUUUUAUAAUUUUUUCUUUUUCAGCCGUGUCAGAACCCAUUAAAUUAUAAUUUUGAUAUUAAAGAUAUAGAUCUAAUUAGUGAUAUUGAAUUCAACAAUGUACAUUUUAGUUAUCCAUCAAGAUUGGAUAUAAAAAUACUUAAUAGUCUAAGCUUCAGCAUUAAACGUGGUGAAACGUUGGCUUUAUUGGGAAGUAGUGGUUGUGGUAAAAGUACAAUCGUACAACUAUUACUGCGGUUCUAUGAACCACUGUCAGGUGAGAUUCGAAUCGAUGGACGCCUUAUCCAUGAUUAUAACUUACAAUGGUUAAGACAAAAUAUUGGUGUUGUCAAUCAGGAACCGAUUCUUUUUGGAACCACAAUUCUGGAGAAUAUAAGAUAUGGUAAUGAUGAUUCAACAAUCGACGAUAUAAUAGACGCAGCUAAGACGGCAAAUGCACAUGAUUUUAUAAUCAAAUUUCCCAAUAGAUAUCAAACAUUAGUUGGGGAGCAUGGCGCACAAUUGUCGGGUGGUCAAAAGCAGCGCAUCUGUAUAGCUCGUGCAUUAGUUAAUAAUCCAAAAAUAGUAAUAUUCGAUGAAGCUUCGAGUGCAUUAGAUAGUCAAAACGAAAAAAUUGUUCACGAUGCAUUAGCUGAAGCAUGCAAAGGUCGGACGACAAUAAUAAUUGCUCACCGUUUAUCAACAAUUCGAAAUGCAAAUAAAAUAUGCAUUAUCGAUAAUGGUUGUAUAAUAGAACAAGGUGAUCAUGAAACAUUAAUGAUGAAUAAAGAUGGAAAAUAUUAUUCAAUCGUCAAAUUACAAGAAUCAGAAAAUAUUAAUAAGGAUAUAAGUAACGAAGAACAAGAAUUAGAUGGAGAAGUGAUUGUACACGAUCGACGCAGAUCUAGUAACUCAAGUAUAACGGAUAAAACAGCUCCAGAGCAAAAAAAGACCUCAAGUAAUUCAGUAACAAAAACAAUGUUGAAAUUGAAUAGUCAAGAAUGGCCGUAUAUAUUGAUUGGGUGUUUUGCUUGUCUCUGCAAUGGUACAGUUCAACCAGUAUAUGCAUUGUUAAUAAGUAAAUUACUGAAGGUUAGAUAUGAAUGUUUUAUUAUCAUAAAAAUGUUAACUAUAUUUCGUUUUGCCUUUAAAUAAUUGUCUUUUAUAGUUAUUCGACGUGUGUGAUUAUGAAGUUCAAGGACAGAUGGUUGCGUACUAUACUGUUCUGCUCCUCGUAUUUGGAGUUGUAUUAUAUAUAACAAGAAUUAUCCAAGUAAUGAAUAAAACUUAUAUUUCCUCUGAAUUCUAUGUUUGCAAAACUAGUUUAUCGUUCUUUGACAAAAAAGUUACCCAGGUGAGCUACUCUUGACCAGAUCGUGUAAAAGUUGACUAUUUUCGAUACAGCGACAUUACCGCGAACGACGUUACCGCGAACGACAUUACCGCGAAGACUUGUUUGUUGGAAAAGCCGAAUAAAUGAGGCCGGUUUUGUAUUUUGUACAUCAUGUUUUCAAACUUAACUGACGUUAUGUGGUGACUAGUCAUUAUCUGAUACAGC